GAACUCCUCCAUCUUGUUUGCUACUAGUUCUAGUAAGAGCUAGUGCUGCCGUUUUUCCUAAGUUACUGAAGGAUACUUCCGGUAAGAUGGCGCUGUGAGCAGCAACGUUUUUUCGGAGCUCUUAGUUCGGUCCCUCAAAACGCCUGGGCUGUGACAACAUGCUAGAGUCUCCUCAGCAGGAAGACCCCUGCCUGCAAUGUGGGGGCAAUGGCCAGUCCUGCUACCUCGUCAAGAACACCUUCACUGUGCGCGACCUGCUAGCUGGCUACAACCAGAUGUUCAUCAUCCCAGUCGGAGUGACAACCAUCAGCAUCAGAGAGACGUCGGCGACACGGAACUAUCUUGCUACGCACGAUCAGCCAUCAAGAACCUGCGUGGCGAAUACUACCUCAAUGGCCAUUGGGUAAUUGAGUUUUCUAGGGCAACACCCAUUGCUGGGACCAUGCUCUACUACCAACGAGGUGCUGAGGGUGAAAGCGUACCUGAAACCAUCAUUGGCCGCGGUCCUACGACUGAACCACUUGUUGUUGAGCUGAUCAGCCAAGAGCCUAACCAGGGCAUUGAGUAUGAAUAUUACCUCCCACAUGGACGUUCCAGGGAGGGCUACUAUUGGAGCUUUGGAUCAUGGUCUUCUUGCAGCAGAGAAUGUGGAUCAGGCUAUCAGUCUCGCUUGGUCUUCUGCACGAUUGACAAUGAAGCCUAUCCGGACUAUCUCUGCGCUUCUCUGCUAAGGCCACAGUCAAACCGUACAUGCAACCCUCAUCCAUGCCCACAAACCCAAAGGAUGGCAUACCUGUAUCCACCACAGUUGUGGAGAUCCUUCAUGAGACUCAGAGUACUCAGGUAACUCAGGGUCUGUAGUCGUUGUGAAAUUCAAACUGACUGCAAACACAAGGGGGAGAUGAAACAGCUCCUUUUUAGCAGUCCUAUUAGUUAAUUAACAUUUUUGCAAUAAAUUGGAGAUAAGGAAAACAGGCUAGUAUUUGGCUAAAGACCUACAAAAGACACUGAUUUAGCCAAAGCAGAUUUGUAAAUCUAUUGUAAAUCUAUGAAAUCUCCAUCCAGAAUCAUAGCAUCUUCCCCUUAAAAUGUGUUUGUAUGUAGUACAAAGCUUAGUCCUGCACGUAGAAUAAGAACUAAAGUAUGUGGCAACUGUCCUGCUCAGAGAUCACCUUUCAGAUUAGAUUUGUUUACCAUGUCUCUUGAGGAAUAACAUGCACCUUUU